AUGGAAACCGAAUCCGGUGCCAAGAUUGCUAUUCGUGGCAAGGGCUCCGUCAAGGAAGGAAAGGGACGAUCUGACGCCGCUCAUGCUAGCAACCAGGAAGAAGACCUCCAUUGUUUGAUCAUGGCAGACACUGAAGAAAAGGUUAACAAGGCAAAGAAACUAGUGCAUAACGUUAUUGAGACGGCUGCUUCAAUUCCCGAAGGUCAGAACGAGCUCAAGCGGAACCAGCUUCGAGAACUUGCCGCUCUUAACGGUACUCUGCGUGACGAUGAGAACCAGGCUUGCCAAAACUGUAAGUACAUCUUGUGCACUGCAACUUGUUCAGUUUAUCUGACUCUUUUAGGUGGUCAAAUCGGACAUCGCAAGUAUGACUGUCCAGAACAGCGCAACUUUACCGCCAACAUCAUCUGUCGUGUUUGUGGCAACGCUGGUCACAUGGCUCGUGAUUGUCCUGACCGCCAGAGAGGCACCGAUUGGCGUAACAAUGGUGGUUACGGUGGUGGUGGUGGCCGUAGAGCUAUUGGUCAAGGCGACGCCGUCGACCGUGAGAUGGAGCAACUCAUGCAAGAGUUGUCUGGAGGAGCUCCGGGUGAAGAUGGCGGCAUCCCUCGCCGCAUCGAAGCCGGUCCCGAUCAGGGUUACGACGACCGUGAUGCGAAGCCGUGGCAGCGUGGGCCACCGCCCAGUGAUGUGGCUCCUUGGCAGCAGAGAGGCCGAGACAACCGCUCCCGUGACGACUAUGGAUCGCGUGACCAGGGAAGCGCACCCCCAUGGGCUCAGAGCAGCCGUGGAGGCGAUUAUGGAUAUGGCUCGCAGGGCGGCUACGGAGCCCCUGGAGCUGCACCCUGGCAGCAGCAGCAGCAAGCCCCUCCGCCCCCUCCGGGUGGACAGGCUGCGUAUGGCUAUGGCGCUUAUGGUGGAUACGCUCCUCCUGUUCCUGGCAUGGGCGCACCGGGGGCUUCUUCCUCUAGCAUGGGAGUUCCUCCUCCUCCACCGGGCAUGCCACCUAUGUACUACGGCUCUGGUGGCAGCCCACCACCGCCACCCCCUCCUCCUGGUGAAGGACCACCACCUCCUCCCCCGAGUGAGCAACCUCCUCCUCCUCCCCCACCCGCUUAA